AUUCUGCUGAUUGCUGCUUGUAAGCUGAAUAACGCUGCAGGAGAUCUACCUAGGUGGCAAGAAGCUGGCCCCCAACACUGUUUUCGAACAUCCUUCCAUCACGCAGAUCGCUCGACUCCUGAUUGCGAUGUCCUCUGGCAAUGAAGGUGCUCUAGCACAACGAAGCUCGCUCGAGAUCGUGCGGGAACUUGUUAAGAAGUACAGCUCUUUCGCUUAUACGCAAAAGGCUCAUGCCAACGGAACAAAUGGGACCGCAAGUAACUCAGUUACCCCUCGCGUUGUUGUGUUGACUGGUGCGACUGGGUCUCUCGGAGCAUAUAUUUUGGAUGAACUACUCUCGGACCCUUCUGUGGCCACUGUUUACUGUCUGUGCAGAGCAAAGGACGAUGCAGAUGCGUCUAGUCGCAUAACAGCUUCUAUGAAGACAAGGAAGCUAUUAUCUCGCUAUGAGCAGGUUCAAACGCGUGUCAAAGCUCUCGCUUCCGACCUGUCUACCGACAAGCUUGGACUUAAGACAGACAUGUACAAUGAGAUUGUAACACGAGCAACGCUGAUCAUUCAUAACGCUUGGGCGGUCAACUUCAACCUUGGCAUUUCUAGCUUCGAACCCCACAUCCGUGGAGCCGUCAAUUUAAUUAAUGUUGCACUGGCAUCGCCUCAUCCCCGACCAGCAGACUUUUACUUCGCAUCUUCGAUCAGUGCCGUCGCAGCUUGGCAAGGACCAGACUCAAUCCCAGAAGCCAUUACGGACGAUCCCUCUGUCGCUCAGGGGUUGGGCUAUGCGCAAUCGAAGUGGAUCACUGAGAAGCUCUGUCAAGUUGCCUCUCAGCAGACACCUAUUCGGGCGGGCGUGCUACGAAUUGGCCAAAUGGUGGGAGACUCUCAGAAUGGCGUGUGGAACGAGACGGAGGCUAUUUCACUCAUCAUCAAGUGCACAGAUACAAUCGGAAUUCUUCCCGAUCUCGAUGAGUCAGUCUCAUGGCUCCCAGUGGACUACGCAGCAAAGGCUAUCAUCGAUCUGGUCAACGUUCCCCCUCAACGUUUGCCCUUGGGAGAGUGCCCUGUUUGGAACGUGAUUCACCCAAAGCUUGUGCCGUGGACGUCCGUCCUCUCGUCUCUCCAACACGCCGGCCUGAAAUUUAAAGCCCUCCCGAGGCACGAGUGGAUCAAGGCUUUGCGCGCUAGCCCUAUUGACGAAGUGAAUAACCCAAGCCGGAAGCUGUUGACCUUCUUUGAGAACAAAUACGGACAAGAGGAACUGGUUACGCGGUACCCAUUACUGACAGUGCAAAGUGAGAAAGCAAGCAAGAGUCUCAGGAGUGCACCUAUUGCUGAUGAUGGACUGGUGGGGAAGUGGGUAGCUGCUUGGAGAGAGACAGGUUUUUUGGCUUGAGAGCGGUCGGUUCAAGCUCGUGAAUGCUAAAUGAACUUCGUUAUAAACACCUCGCCCUUGCAUUACUGGUAUACCGCACGAGUCGUCAGUUGAUCAUCAGAUAGAGAUUCAGA